UUUCCACACCAAAACUGCAAAUUCACAGACUUGGUUGAAAAUUCGGAGAUGUCGCAAGCAGUUCUUGGGAGGUCUUUCAUUAGAAAAGUGCCCAUCUCUCGGCGCUCCAAAGGCGCGGUGCGGAGCAAAUUGUCUCCUGGGGACUGGAGGGGGCUUGCCCAGACAGCUCCCGGCAGGGGCUGUGGUGGGAUAUGCUAAUAAAGACUGGCCGCUGCGGACCAGCCUCCCUUUCCAUGUAUAUAUAAGGGCCCCCCGCAUCAGCCGAAGGACACUUGGUCUCGGGUCGCUAAUUACGGAGGAAAUUGCCCCAGCGCGCUGCGGAGCGCCUCGCCGAGAGCCGGUGGCCGCCGUCCCGCACUGACGCCUCCGCAGCAGGGAUGGAAGUGAUGGACAGCUGCAAGUUCUCCCGGUCCGAGCUCUUCUAUGACAGCUCCUGCCUCUCCUCUCCGGAGGGCGAGUUCCCCGAGGAUUUUGAGCCCAGGGAUCUGCCCCCCUUCAGCGCCCACGAGCCCCCAGAGCCCGCCUGCUCUGAGGAAGAGGAGCAUGUCCGAGCUCCCACUGGCCACCACCAAGCUGGUCACUGCCUCAUGUGGGCUUGCAAAGCCUGCAAAAGAAAAUCCACCACAAUGGACCGGCGGAAGGCAGCCACCAUGAGGGAGAGGAGGAGGCUGAAGAAAGUGAACCAGGCUUUUGAGACCCUGAAGAGAUGCACCACUGCCAACCCCAACCAAAGACUCCCCAAAGUAGAGAUCCUGAGAAACGCCAUCAGAUACAUCGAGAGCCUCCAGGAGCUCUUGAGGGAACAGGUAGAAAACUACUAUCACCUGCCGGGACAGAGUUGCUCCGAACCGACCAGCCCCACUUCGAGCUGCUCCGAUGGGAUGGCCGACUGUGGCAGCCCCGUCUGGUCGGCGAGAGGCGGCAGCUUCGACGCCGUCUACUGCGCCGAGAUGGCCCACGGGUACGCCGCCGAUCAGAGCAGCGCCCUGUCCAGCCUGGACUGCCUCUCCAGCAUCGUGGACCGUCUCUCCCCGGCGGAGGAACCAGGGCUGUCCCUCCGCGACGCCGACUCCCUCUCGCCCGGCGCCAGCAUCGACUCGGGGCCGGAGGCGCCCGGGACGCCGCUGCCCCGACGGACCUACCAGGCGCUAUGAGGGGCCGGAGGGCCCUCACCCCGCGCCUGCCGCCGGGGCCGCUGCCGCCCGCCGGGGCCGCCUCCUGCAGACGCUUCUCGGGCGAGAGGGGCAGCCCCGGAGCACCUGGGCCGCCGCUUCCCUCCUGGGCUGGAGGCAAAGAUCCCCUCCGGGCCCCGGCCCGGGAUCUCCCGCAUCCCGGCAGGCAGACCCCGCGGCUCGGGACACACGCGCUGCCCUGGAAACCCCGCUGCAAAUAAAACGUGCUGUGAGAGAGCUGU